GAAGAAAUAGUCGCUGCUAUGAAGCUCAUGAAGAUUGCUACUGUGGUCAUGGAAGAAGAGAAAACUCCCACACUGUCAGCAGUUGCACCAGUCCAUGCCCACCUGAUCCAAGAACUCCAGGAGAGCCCAGGUGACUCUAACAUGAUAAAAGAGAUCAAAACUGCCAUAUGCCAGGACCUCAAGAAGAGGUACUUAGAUGAGCAGAGGGAGACUCUUCAUGUGUGUGCAGCUCUGGAUCCCAGAUUUAAGACCUUGCUGUUCUUGACUGAGGAUGAACGCCAGACCGUCUAUGAUAGAGUCACCACAGAGGCUGCAAGGACCCAAGGGCCGUUUCAGCAUGGAGGAGCUGGAGAGGAUGUGACAGGUGAGCCAGAGACUGAUGGAGAAGAGGAGGAAGAUGAGGAUGCAGGGCUGGAGGUCCUAGGUGAGGAGGACAAAGGGAGCAGCCAAGGUCUUGAGGAAGAGGAGAGCUUUGCAGUACUGUCCACGUCUAAGAAGAGAUCCAGGGAUUCUUGUGGCCUUGCGGACCUUCUUGGUCAAACAUACACCUCAGGGGCUGCAAAGAAGUUGAAGACGCCAGAGAACCAGGCACAAGAGGAGAUGGGAAGAUUCAAAGAGACUGCUCCGAUGCCAAUUACAAAAGGGGCCAAUCCACUGAACUGGUGGAGGGAGCACGAGUGCGAGUAUCCUCUCCUGUCAAAACUUGCAAAGAGGUAUUUGUGCAUCCCUGGAACAAGUGUCUCCUCUGAGAGAGUUUUCUCUACUGCAGGGGACAUUAUCACCGCACAGAGGAGUGCACUCACCCCAGAGCACCUUGAUCAGAUUCUCUUUCUAAACAAAAACCUAAAAACCAAAGAAGUCAGGUACAAGUUUUAGGCCUAUCCAUGUGUCUGAAUGUUAAGGUUUACUAUUGUAUUUAUUUUGUUUACAAGAAGACUAUGUACACUUUAUUUUCCUCAUAAUUUUCAGCUCAGUGUGUUCAGAGACAAGCAUGUAUGUAAUAUGUAUGCACAUAGGCAUUUUAUUUUCAUAUGACCUGUUCAAUUCAGGUAAAAGUUUUAGGCCUACCAAUGUAUCAGAAUGGUUUACUAUUGUAUAUUUUGUUUACAUAUAUACAUUUACAUUAUUUUCAUAUGACCUCUUCAGUUCAGUGUUCAAACAGUG